CAUCAACAACCCUUUUUUCCCCUCCCCAGAUGAUGAGAAGGCUGCCGAGCGCGCUGCACUCCGCCGUGCGUUUGUUUCCCUCUCAGCUACAAAGUGCCCAAAGCACCGAUCCGUUCCGAGCCGAACCAAGCCAAGCCGAGCCACGGCGUGCGUCUGCGCCCCCCGCCUCCUCCACCACCACCACUACCACCACCACCCACCCUCGCCUCGCCGCCUCCGACCGCCGUUUCUUUGGCAAUGGAGCCGUAACCAACCUCAGUGUGCUUAACUGAGCCGAGCGUGUGAACUAGCAGCGGAUACGAGGAGACAGCUGAGACCAAGCGGCUAUGGAGGAGAAGCGCAGGGAGGCUGGAGUCUAGACUGCACGCAAAUCAACAGACCCACUUGUCCGGAUUACUUUUUGCAACAUUUGAACUCUAUUAUUACUAUUAGAACAGGGAUUUCCUUUUUUUUUUCUCGUGUGAUCAUCUUAGGGUAUCAUUGCACGGCGAGGAUGCAGGGGAAGGAGGCGAGCUUUUGCACGGGAUGCUGGAGACUAACGCUGCUGUCGUGCGUCCUGGCUCUGCACUUGAUCCCGCUGUCUGUCCAUGGUAACGUUAUCGGGACCAAUGCCACAGAGCCGGACAGCAUGGUCAAUGUUACCUCCCUGCUUAAUGAGGAAGAGGAGCCUGUCAAGGUCAACGAGAUGAGCAUCUCAGCCAGUCCCGACAUGAUCAGCACUGUGACCCCGAGGGUGGGCCGGAUCCCCCAUGCCGGCGAGGAGGAGGAGCAGAGCAGCGGCAUGUUCGGUGAAGCGGUGGUUCCUACGGAGGAAGUGGGUGUUGCAGCCCCGCCCCAGCUUAGCCCUGAUUCAGCUGAGACAGAGCACCUGCUGCCUAGCAACCCACGGGGUCCGGAAGUCAUGGAGGGCGAUGAGAAGGAGGAGAAGGAGGAGAAGGAGGAGGAGGAGGAGGAGCGUCUGCAACACACCGACCCGCCUUGGAUCCACGCCAAGGACACAGCUGUGUUUGACCUGGAUCACCUUUUCACCACUACUACUACUGCCCCACCCUCGGCCGCCACCAACCCCUCUAACCCUGACGUCCUCCAUGUGGACUUCUUCGACCCUGCCUCUCGUGGGCGCAGCCUCGACCUGGACCCGCCCUCUCCUUCAUCACUGGCCCAUGAGCUGCAAGGUGGUGACCCGACCUCCUGGGCGAUGCCGGACAACUACGACUACCUCACACCCUACGAGGCUGGCGUGUCCCCCACUGCUGAUGAGUACACCUACAGCACCACAACCGACGCCUACGAGAGUGACGAAGACCUCCGGCUCCCCGCUGGGUCUCCAGCUCGCUCCAGGCCCCGGGUCCCCGGGUCCGGCUCCUUCAUACCUGGAGCGGCACUUCCUGGCGCAGGAGCUCCGGUACCAAACGUCCCUGCGGUAGCUCCUCCAGCGGCCUCACCGGUGGACGGGUCAGACGGGAUGGGUGGAUGUCGUGUGGGCUACCAGAUGGUGAACGGAAGUUGCCGCUCGCCCUGCGACAUGCUGCCCAACUACUGUUUCAACGGGGGACAGUGUUACCUGCUGGAGGGCAUGGGAGUCUUCUGCAGAUGUAACGUCCAGGAUUACAUCUGGCACAAGGGUGCUCGCUGCGAGUCGGUGGUGACCGAGUUCCAGGUGAUGUGUCUGGCUGUGGGCGCCUCAGCUCUGGUGGUCCUGCUGCUCUUCAUGAUCAUCGUCUGCUUCGCCAAGAAGCUCCACGUGCUCAAGACGGAGAACAAGAAGCUGCGCAAGCGCAGCAGUAAGUACCGGCCUACAUCGGAGCAGCACAAUGAUAAUUUCUCGCUGUCCACCAUCGCUGAGGGCUCCCACCCAAAUGUAAGGAAACUGUGCGACACCCCUCCUAACGUCCCUCAUGCCCGUGCAUUGGCUUACUAUGAUAACAUUAUCUGUCAGAAAACCAUGAGCAGAUACACCUGGGAGUGUAAGACCAAAGAGGAGUCCGACUGUGAGGAUGAUCCUAAUUCCCAGAACAAGCUGGAGGACCCGGUGAAGGCCCCGCCCAAGGAGGACGACUCCCUCAACAUCCACAACUCUCUGACCCCCAAACACGAGAACCACAAGGUCCUGGGCGAGGAGAACUCCUCGGAGGUAAACUCACUGCAGAACAACAUGAUGUGAAAACAAAACAAAAACAAAACGACCCCAGCAACCUGACAACACCACACCGAAUACGACAAGGUGCGCCGGCAACGGGAGCCCCCAAAUCCCUCCCUGCUCUCCGUCUGUCUGCUGCCGAGUGCGCCUAACCGGUCAACCAACCAACCAACCAACCAACCAGCCUGCCAGCGUACCAGCCAACCAACCCAGUCUGCAACCGUCUCCGACACGGCAACACUGCCACCAAGCGGCCCGGGCCGCUGCAAAAAAACGUACACCGCCACCACCGCCGCCGCCACUGCCCCUGCUGAGAGUAACAGCCCCACCCCCACCAGCCUCACUCUGCCGCCGCCUUGCAACCCCUUACAUCCACUCACGCCCCUGUUUCGCAGCCCCGCCCCCCUUGUUGCUGUCACUCUACUCCCCCUUAGCUCUCUUACCUGCACGCACACACACGCACACACACACACACACACACGGAGCAUACACAAAUAGUGAAAAGAUGUAAACAUAUACUUAUAUGUAUACACACACACACACACACACACCUUCCCCUGCCUGCAUUGGUGUAUUUUGUAAAAAGAAAGAAAUCAUACAGAAGUUUAAAACGUACGUAAAACGUCAUUGUAAAAAAAAAAAGUUAAGAUAAAGCUACUGAGAGGUUUUGAUGUUUGUCUGACUAAUCCAGUGAGUAUGUAUAAAUAUUGGAAAAAAAACAUUUGCUUGGAUUGAUUUAAAAAGAAGCAACACAAUGUGUCUUGGUUUUCAUUGAUGUGAUUUCUAAUCCUUUGAUGUACUUGUUUUUUUUUUGUACUUUUUUGGGACUUCGAACAGAGAAUAAACAAACAAGAUUCAGACAGUUGUUGAAAUAAACCUUUUUAACAUGA